CUAUCUAGCUAGGUAUAGGCAUAUAUAUAUAUAUAGCUUGUGAAGAAGAAGAAAAAACUAUAUAUAUAUAUACAUAGUUAUCAGAUAAUUGAUAUAUAUAUAUAUAUAUACUAGAAUUUUUUUUUUUUUUUAGAAAGAUCUGAAAUCAAAAAUGGUAGAGAAGAAAGGUAGUAGUAGUAGUAAUAAUGUUGGGAGUAUUUGGAAAAAGUUCAAACCACACGUGCUGAUGAUUUCAACUCAAUUAGGUUACACAUUUCUCUACUUCAUCACAGAAGCCUCUUUCAACAAUGGUAUGAACCCUCAUGUCUACAUAACUUAUCGACACAUCGUAGCUGGGGUGUUCAUCUUUCCUUUUGCCUAUUUUCUCGAGAGAAAACAAAGGCCAAAGCUAACAUUCUCUCUUUUUGUAGAGAUAUUUAUUCUCUCUCUCUUGGGGAUUGGUUUGACACUGAACACAUAUUUCGCUAGCUUGAAAUACACAUCUCCUACCUUUGUUGCCUCAAUGGUCAACACCAUUGCCUCCCUUACUUUUGUAAUUGCUGUUGUUCUCAGAUUAGAGAUAAUUAAUCUUCGAAAUCCGAGGGGUGUAGCCAAAGUUCUUGGAACCUUGAUCUCAUUAGCUGGUGUGAUGACCAUGACAUUGUACAAGGGACCAAUUGUGAGAAAUCUAUGGCAUCCUUUAAUCCAAAUCCAAGGAAGCAAUGGCCCACAUGAGCACUGGUUAAAGGGUUCACUUCUCACUGUCUCAAGCUGCAUCACUUGGUCAAUUUGGUACAUAAUGCAGGCAUACACAUUGAAAAGAUACCCUGCACAACUGUCUUUGACCACGUGGAUGAGCAUGAUUGGUGGAGCACAAUCAGCUGUGUUCACAGUGUUUGUGCAACAUAAACCUGCUGCUUGGACUAUUGGAUUUGAUAUUGACUUGUGGUCUGUGCUCUAUGGAGGAGUAAUUUGCUCAGGUGCAAUAAUAUUUAUUCAACUGUGGUGCACAGAAGAAAAAGGACCAGUUUUUGUGACCAUGUUUAAUCCAGUUGGUACAAUAUUGGUGGCCGUUUUAGCUUACUUUGUCCUUGGGGAAACACUUUACACCGGCAGCAUACUAGGAGCACUUGUUGUGAUGGCUGGGCUAUAUCUGCUGCUAUGGGGGAAAGAUGGAGAUGAAAAGGUUGACUUAAUAAUGUCAGAAGAGUCAAAUGAUGACUAUGCACCCAAAACAAAGGACAAUAAUGUAAUAUUACAUAUUGUUGAACCUUGACCAACACACUUGUUUUAUCAUAAUAAAUAACAACCCUAGCUAGCUCAUCUUGUACAACAUCGAAUAUAUUCUAUAUCACCAUCAAUAUGUCUUGUAUUUGUUGAUAUAUAUAUAUAUAUAUAUAUAUAUGUGUGUGUGUGUCUUAUAUAUAGAGAUCAUGAGAUCGAUCACUUUGGCUCAAAGA